CACUUUUUGUCUGACCAGAGAGUUGCGAAGCCUCCGCAGUCCUAGAGGGGCCGCGCGCAGGGACGCUCUGCUUCGCUGCUCAGCUGGAGCCAGCGAGAGGCUCUGAAUCCUCCAGUGUGCCCCCGCCUGUUGCUCGGGUAAGGGGGUAGUUCGCCGAGGGUCGUGAGCCAGACAGACCCCGGGUCGGGCCCGGGAACCCCGAGAAGAGAGCCCAGACUCACGUCCGCCCCUGGUGGAGGCGGCGCGUCGGAGAUUCGGAGGCGUCAGCAGGUUUGGGGAGAAGGAAACGAGUGUUGUGGGGAGCGUGGGUGCGGCGGGGAGGCCGCUGCGGAGACCCCCGGCUCUCAAAGGACGCUCCCGUGCCUGUGCGGAGGCUCUCGGGGCCCAUGACACCGGCUUUUGUGUAUUUUUGGCGGUGUCAUGUCUUCAGCAGCGAGAGGAGCAAAGUCCGAAGAAUGAAUGGCUGCAGAAAGCCAGUGCUUGGUUUUGUUAGAGUGGGAGAUGAGCCGUGCUUGUCAGUGGAAGGUGUUCACGUGAUUGUGAAGCGGCAUUUUGGAUUUUGUCAAAAGUUAACAAUCCCGUUCCAGUUAAAGUUUUAAGAGUUUAUUGUGCAGCUGGUGGAUUGUUCCAAUAGCAGCUUAGAAAGCAUAAUGAGGAAGUGCAGUGAUCUUGACUGUAAUUGGCCAUUAUCAACUUGCAUUCCUUCUAGGGUAAGUCGAGCCGGAUCAGCUUUGUAUCUGUAGCUGAUUGGUUCAGUUUAUCAUGCGGACGAGAAAAAAAAAACUUCCUUCCUGAUCAGCGCUUACUUUUCAGGAAAAUAAGCAGUUCUUGUUGUUUUGACAUUAAGUAUCACUCCGUUACCCAAGCUAGAGUACAGUAGCACCAUCUCAGCUCACUGCAACCUCCAACUGCCGUGUUCAAGCGAUUCUCCUGCCUCAGCCUCCCGAGUAGCUGGGACUACAGCUCAGCCUGACGCCUAGGAUCCCACCCCUUGUCAAAGACCAGGCCAUGGAAGCUAUGUUCCCACCAGUCAGUGGGAAGGUGAGCUGUGGCUCCCCAUCUGCUUCCUCAGCCAGCAUAGUCACUGCCACCAGCAGGUCCUUCCUCAGGUUGAGCCCUGUUGAUCAAUGUGGGGAGUUUUCCUUCUUAGAAAGGGCGAUGUAGAGCUUAGCCUCUGGAGUCACAUGGGCUCCCUUCAGUAAGUUACAUAAACACUCUGGCUCCAGUUUCCUUUUCUAUAAAAUGGGUCAAUGAGUGGGCCUAUCACAGGGAGUUGUGAGGACUCUGAAAAACGCCCUGUGAAGUCCUUUGCUCGGUAUCUGGUUACAGUUUAGCAGCAGGUUAAGCUGUCACUGUUAGUUUUGCGGUAGUUGCCCAUUGUUUCUUCCAUGAGCGUUAUUGUGCACCCACUGCUGUACACACUCCAGGUGCUGUCUUCUGUGCUGGGAGAUCAACUCUCAAUCUGAUUAGCGAGAUAGAUGUGUAAGGAACUUAUAAUAAAUUCUGAACCAUUCAUGGAAGGGUAUAAUGGGGGCUGGACACGGUGGCUCAAGCCUGUAAUCCCAGCACUUUGGGAGGCCGAGGCAGGUGGAUCACGAGGUCAACAGAUCAAGACCAUCCUGGUCAACGUGGUGAAACCCCGUCUCUACUAAAAAUACAAAAAAAAAAAUUAGCUGGGCAUGGUGGUGCGUGCCUGUAAUCCCAGCUACUCAGGAGGCUGAGGCAGGAGAAUUGCCCGAACCCAGGAGGCAGAGGUUGCCGUGAGCCGAGAUCGCGCCAUUGCACUCCAGCCUGGGUAACGAGUGAAACGCCGUUUCAAAAAAAAAAAAAAAAGAAAGGGUAUGAUGGAAGGUCAUUUAUUGAAUUUGUAGCAUUAUGGAGGGUGAUCAGAGGAUACUGAGUUGUCUGUCUUUUUUUUGAGACAGAGUCUCACUGUCACCCAGGCUGGAAUGUAGUGGCAUGAUCGUGGCUCAUGGCAGCCUUGACCUCCCAGGUUCAGGUGAUCCUCCCACCUCAGCCUCCCAAGUAGCUGGGACCACAGGUACAUGCCACCAUGCCUGGUGAAUUUUUGUAUUUUUUGUAAAGACAAGAUUUCACCAUGUUACCCAGGCUGUUCUUGAACUCCUUGCUCAAGCCAUCUACCAGCCUCAGCCUCCCAAAGUCUUAGGAUUAUAGGCGUGAGCCACCCCCACCUGGCCUAGUUGGGAUUACGGGCAUGAGCCACCCCACCCGGCCUAGAAGAGACUUGAGUUUGAAAGAAAGGAGAGAGGUUCCAGGCACAGCGGCUCAUGCCUGUAAUCCUAGCACUUUGGGAGGCCAAGGCAGGCAGAUCACCUGACAUCAGGAGUUUGAGACCAGCCUGGCCAACAUAUAGUGAAACCCCGUAUCUAGUAAAAAUACCAAAAUUAGCUGAGUGUAUCGGUGCACGCCUGUAGUCCCAGCUACUUGGGAAACUGAGGCAGGAGAAUCGCUUGAACCCAGGAGGUGGAGGUUGCAGUGAGCCAAGAUUGGGCCGUUAGACUCCAGCCUGGGCAGCAAGAGCGAAACCUGUCUCAAAAACAAACAAACAAAUGGAACUUUUAAGCAACAUUUGGUGCCCAACUAUCAAUGUACAAGUCCUAGAUGUUGAUGGCUUCUUGGAAAUUGCAACUUUAAGGGAAACUGUAUAUAUCAAAACCAUUUUUUUCCAUCACUGUUACAGUUAAACAAAGUUAUUCAAGGACUUGCUGCUGUAAGUACUUUUGCUAAAAAACAGUUUCCAAGAACCUACUGCGGAUGUUAAGAGAGGAGUUAUCAUGAAGAUGAAGCCGUUUUAUUCCCAUGCUUGUUAUGCUUGUUAACCUCGUACAGGGUCAGGAAUGCAGGUGGCUAAGUAGGUCAGAUUGAGGGCAGCGCCGCUCUGGUAAAAGAGUGACAUUCUGGAUGAUGGUGAGAAAGGGCCUGCAACCGUAGCAGUUGAACUCAGGUUUGAUAAGCAGGAAAGAAAGUCCAUGUAAUUUGGGAGGUUCUGGUGUCUGUCUGCAGAGGGGAGCUAUACGAAGCUUCUCAGGAUGGGGGUGGGCGUUUCCUAUUACUGACCACUUAUGGGACAGUGAAUGCUUGCCUUGUACACGUCCCUCUGAACCCUACAGUGUCUUGUGAGAGGAGGGAGUGUGUAGACAGCCCCUGGGUCCCUCUGCUCCGUAACCUGCAGUGGUGUGGGAGCGAGUGUGUGGCAGCUUCAGUGCUCAGCGCAUGGGAGGGGGACAGUCACUUGCAGAUGUAAAGUCCCCCUGUGCUCACUGUGCUGUGUCCUUUGUUGCCCCCUCUGGAUAUGCUCCCCAGGUGUCUGGGGUUUGGUCUGUACCUUUUAUAUUCUCCAGCAACGGGCUCCCUUGCUUUGGCACAUCUGCUUGGCUUGUGGCAAUGGGAUGAAGAGGCUGGAGGGCUCCAGAGGCCUGGAGGAAAUUGAGGCUGGGUUUCUCUUCCCAUGGCUCCCUCCCUGCCGUUCUGUGGGAUGGGUGUGGCUCCAUCCUCUUUGGACCAGCUCCAGUCUUGCUCCCUUUUCAGAGCAUUCUGGGCUCCAGCAGCCCUCCGCACCUUAUUCCUUAGACCUAGCAGGCCCUGGUUCCCCAGGGUGGCCAGCACCUAUGACCUUCCACAUUCCUUGUUUAUGUUUGUUUAGCCUAUUCAUCCCUUUGUAAAUAGUCUGCACAUUAACCAACCCCUAGUGACCUCAUUUCUUUCCUAAGGAACCCGGGGCAGAAGCAAUACGUUAUUUGUAUAGAGCAGGGGUGAGCAAACUGCCCUGGAAAGCUUGGUAAAGUUUCCCUGAAACACAACUGUGCCUAUUCGCUUACUUGUAGUCCACAGCUGCUUUUGUGCUCCAACACAAAAGCUGUUCCUCAGAUUGUUGAUUUGCUGUUCCUCAAAUUGACAGCAGGUUUGAGGAACUGGAACAGAGACCAGAGGGCCUGAAAAGCCUAAAUUACUUACCAUUUGGCCCUUUAGAGAUUAAGUCUGUCAACCCCAUGGUAUGGAAGCCAGCAUGUCUGGCCUGAGGGCCAGAAGGCCUGAAUGGAACCCUGAAUCUAUUCCUUAUGAAUUGGGUGGCCUUGGCCCGCACACUUUACCUCCCCAAACCUCAGUUUCCUCACCUGUAGAAUAAUCAUCAUGCACAAGUUAUUGUAAGAAUUGCAGUUACCUUUAUCAGCUACUUUUCCAGGAGCUGCUCUCGUUUGAGGAUGUGGCGAUGUACUUCACCAGAGAGGAGUGGGGCCACCUCGACUGGAGUCAGAAGGACCUCUACCGAGAUGUGAUGCUGGAAAACUACAGGAACAUGGUCUUCCUGGGAUUUCAGUUCCCCAAACCUGAGGUGAUCUGUCAGCUGGAGAACUGGGACGAGCAGUGGAUCCUGGAUCUACCGAGAGCUGGGAAUAGGAAGGCUUCCGGUAGUGCUUGCCCAGGUUCUGAAGCCAGACACAAGAUGAAAAAGCUAACUUCAAGACAGAAAUUUUCUGAAGAUUUAGAGUCAUAUAAGAUAUCAGUGGUAAUGCAGGAAUCAGCCAAGAAACUUUCAGAAAAGUUACAUAAGUGUAAAGAGUUUGUGGACAAUUGCAGGCUGACUUUCCCUACUAGUGGUGAUGAAUACAGCAGGGGCUUCCUUCAAAACCUUAACCUUACUGAAGAUCAGAAUGCACAAACAAGGUGGAAGCAGGGCAGCUAUGAUGAGGAUAGGAAACCCUUCAAUCAAAGAUCUUUGCUUUUGGGACACGAGCAAAUUCUCACAAGAGCAAAGUCUUAUGAAUGCAGUGAAUGUGGAAAAGUCAUUAGGCGUAAGGCAUGGUUUGAUCAACAUCAAAGAAUUCACUUUUUAGAGAAUCCCUUUGAGUGUAAGGUGUGUGGGCAAGCCUUCAGACAGCGGUCAGCUCUUACAGUCCAUAAACAGUGUCACCUGCAAAACAAGCCAUACAGAUGUCAUGACUGUGGAAAGUGUUUUCGGCAGCUCGCAUAUCUUGUUGAACAUAAGAGGAUUCAUACCAAAGAGAAACCCUACAAAUGUAACGAAUGUGAAAAAACGUUUAGUCAGAAUUCAACCCUUCUUCGACAUCAGGUGAUCCACAGUGGAGAAAAACCCCAUAAAUGCCUUGAGUGUGGAAAAGCCUUUGGCCGGCAUUCAACCCUUCUAUGUCAUCAACAGAUUCACAGCAAACCGAAUACCCAUAAAUGCAGUGAAUGUGGACAGUCCUUUGGUCGGAAUUUGGAUCUCAUUCAGCAUCAAAGAAUCCAUACAAAGGAGGAAUUCUUUCAAUGUGGAGAAUGUGGGAAAACGUUUAGUUUUAAGAGGAAUCUUUUUCGACAUCAGGUCAUUCACACAGGAAGCCGACCCUACCCAUGUGUUAUAUGUGGAAAAUCUUUCAAGUGGCACACAAGCUUUAUUAAGCACCAGGGCACUCACAAAGGACACAUAUCCACGUGAUAUUAACUGGAAAGCAGUCAUUGAAGGACUAGGACUUAACCUCUACUUCAAGCGUGUGUCACUUGAUUUUUUUUCAUGAAAAGCAAUAAAUGUAACUAAAAGGGUU